CGCUAGAGCGCAACAACUACGGUUCAUUCGAAUUUCAGAACGUCAUCUAGCAAAUCGUAAAAAAUCGCUUUACAAAUGAUUCUCAAUUGGAGUUGCAACUGUGUUGCCAUUUUUCUGGCUUGCCUAUUAGCUUUGUGUCCCUUUAUUUGUGCAAAGUUGCCGUCCACAAUAAGACCAUGUGCCCGCGAUGAUCCCCAAUUGGAGCGCUGUAUUAUUAACGCUGUCUAUCAAAUAAGGCCACUACUUGUUCACGGAAAUCUCGGGGAUGGCUAUAAAACACCUCCAUUGGAGCCAUUGGCUUUAGAUAAUAUCGAACUAGGUCGGAGUAGUCAGUUUCAAGCAGUGUUUACGGAUCUCGAGGCCAACGGAGGGAGUAACUUUAUCAUUGACCGUCUUAUCGCCAAGCCGUUGGAUAUUUCGUAUGAUCUUUGGAUUACACUGCCGCGGAUCGACUUCAGAGGAAAGUAUUCUCUGCAUCUUAAUUUGCUACUCCUAGAUAUAAAAGGCAAGGGAAACAUGCAGGGAUAUUGUGAAAACGCCAAAGCAUCUGUUAAAAUGCGUGGUUCCCGAUAUCUGCGUAAUGGUAAAGACUAUGUAAAGUUCACCAAAAUGACCAUGCGAAUUGAUUUUAAGGACUUUAAAUUGAACUUAGAAAACUUGUUCAAUGGAGAUCGGAUUUUGGGAGACGUUGGGAAUAGCCUCAUCAACAAUAAUCAGGAGUUGUACUUAAACGAAAUUGUGCCAGGCCUUGAACAAGGACUAUCAAAAAAGUUUUUAGAUGUGGCGAACGAAAUACUAGCCACUGCAACCUUCGAUGAAAUGUUUCCUCCUGGAAGGACUGUCAUUAAUCCGAUUACAUAUCCGUCACGACUACCAUCAUUGGGUCUUGGCCCCGCUAUCUUUGAGCCUCCCUUUGUGUCGCGAAACCCAGACCGAGGAAUUUUAGAAAGUUUAUCCCCAAAAAAGUUCCAUGAAUUAAAGCAUGACUAAUG